UUGAAACCAUCAGCAGGUGGAGGAUACAAAAACCAGAACCAAAUAUUUCGCUGCUUGACAGAAGCUCCUCGAAUUUCCAGCCGCUCAAAAGAAAAUGCAAAGCCAAACCGAACCGCAACCAGGAAUCAACCCCGACCAAGAUGAUCAAACAGUGGAGAUUGAUUUAUCAUCCACCAGCACUCUCGAUCUCACCAGCUUCCAGCUCCACGAUCUCGACUUGGUGGAAUUGCCGCUAAACCUUACCGAGUUGGACCUUACUGCGAACCGCUUAUCGACAUUGGACCCUCGGAUUGCGAAUCUCAUUAACCUCAAAAAGCUCUCUUUUCGACAGAACCUCAUUGACGACGCUGCUAUCGAGCCGAUCUCUAGCUGGGGCUCGUUAACUGCUCUUGAGGAAUUGGUACUUAGGGAUAAUAAACUGAUGAAAAUACCAGAUGUCAGCAUAUUCAAGAAGGUCUUGGUUUUUGAUGUUUCUUUCAAUGAAAUCACUUCAUUGCACGGAAUGUCCAAGGCCUCCAGCACAAUCAAGGAACUCUAUGUCUCCAAAAAUGAAGUUACUAAGAUGGAGGAGAUUGACCACUUGCAUGAGUUGCAAAUUCUUGAACUUGGUUCCAACAGAUUAAGGGCAAUGGAAAAUUUGCAAAAUUUCUCAAAUUUAGAAGAGCUGUGGUUGGGAAGGAACCGAAUCAGAGUGAUAAAUCUUUGUGGGCUCAGAUGCAUCAAGAAAAUUAGUUUGCAAAGUAAUCGUUUAACUUCUAUGAUAGGAUUGGAGGAAUGCGUUGCCCUGGAAGAACUAUACUUGAGCCACAAUGGUAUAGGAAAAAUGGAAGGUCUAUCAACAUUAGUCAACCUCCGAGUAUUAGAUGUUUCAUCAAAUAAGCUAACAUCAGUAAAUGACAUUCAAAACUUGACAAGGUUGGAAGACUUAUGGCUCAAUGACAACCAAAUAGAAUCACUUGAAAACACAGCUGAGGCUGUUUCUGGUUCAAGAGAAAAGCUCACCACUAUCUACCUUGAAAACAAUCCAUGUGCAAAGUCUCCAAACUACUCUAGUACCCUGAGACAAAUUUUCCCCAAUAUCGAGCAAAUCGAUUCUCACGUAUUUGCUUAGAAGAUUUUAUAGGUUCUUCUGUCUGGACUGUUGUAGUUGAAAGCUCAGAAAUUGCAAUCAUGUGAGUAAUCUGUUAAAUGUAAAGUCCCUUCAGUUUCUUGUUGGUUGGAACUUGCUGAGGCUACACAUUUUGCUACAUGGAAACAGGGUUCUGAAAGUGAUCACUAAUUCCUCAAGGGGUGUGGGGUGAGGCUUUCUAAAUCAAUGGGAUGUUGAUUAAAGUGUAGUGUCAAUAAUUGUUUGGGCAUUUUUUAUUUCUUGAAUUGUAACCUCUUUCCAACUGUUUAUGGUUUUGAAGUAAUAUUUCAAGCUCUAUCUUGCAAACAAGAAUUUAUGACUUUAUAGGUUGUUGGUCAGUCCUGAAAUUCCCAUAAGAUGCAUGAUCACUUGAAGCAUCUUCAUCGGUUAAAGAAGAAAUGCUUAACCCAAGUUUUAUUUAGAAAUGUUGUACAAGCAUGUUCUACACGUCAUAUCAGCAAUCUUUUCUA